GUCAGCAAGCUCAUCGCGGUCUCAUCGUGCAAGGGUGGCGUUGGCAAGUCGACCGUCGCCCUCGAGCUCGCAUAUCACCUGCGCCGUCGUGGCCACCGAGUCGGGCUCUUUGAUGCCGACGUGCACGGCCCUUCGUUGCCGACGCAGAUUCCGCUCGGCGAUGUGCGCCUCACGCUGGCGGCGGACGGUCGGUCGGUGCAGCCACUGGAGCAUGGCGGCGUGCAGCUCAUGUCCUUUGGCUGGUUCAGCCGGCUCUGGUCGAGGCGGCCGGCAGCCGAGAUUCGCGUGCGUGGGCCGCUUGCCACCAACCUGCUGCAGACGACGCAGUGGGGCGAUCUCGACUACUUACUCAUCGACUCGCCGCCAGGCACGGGCGACAUCCCCAGCCAAAUCGCGAGGCUGCCGCUUCACGGGGCGGUGGCCGUCACGACUCCCUCUCGGCUCUCCGUCGUCGACGUCUCCCAAACAGGCAUCCUCUUCCUCCGCCGCCUCGGCGUGCCUGUGCUCGCGCUGGUCGAAAACAUGGCCUCCUUCCGCUGCGACGGGUGUGGAAAGGACCAUUAUCCGUUCGGG